AUGAUUGGAUAUUGCGCACAGUCUCCCUGGUUGCAGAGCAUGAGUAUUAAGGAUAACAUCCUCUUCUCAAGGGAAUGCGACCAGUCUAGGUAUGAGGAGGUGCUCGACACCUGCUGCUUGAACCCCGAUAUCAGCAAUUUCAAGGGCGGCGAUGAAUAUCUUGUGGGAGAGAAUGGUGUCGGUCUCUCAGGCGGACAAAAGGCCCGCGUGGCCCUUGCAAGGGCAAUUUACAGCAAGGCGAGAAUUUUACUGUUGGACGAUCCGAUAGCCGCGCUGGAUCAUCAGACUGCUGAGACUAUUCUCAAGAAACUCUUCACUAGAUCUUCGCUUGCUCAAGGGCGUAUGAUCAUUUUUGUCACGCAUCGUAUGGACUUGCUUACGCGAUAUGCCGACCAAGUGUUCGAAGUUAGUCCGCUCGGUCACGUUCAGGUUAUUACUCGGGAUGAGAUCAAUAUGCAUGACGAGCUUCUUCACUUCACCGCAACAGAAGAUCCCCCUGAAACCGCAGAUGAGGAGCAAACGACAUUGGGAAGCAAUGGAACUGCAGUAAAAGUCAUUGGAGAAGAGUACCGUGCCACCGGCGGCGUGAUGGCCUCAGUCUACUGGAAGUAUGUAAAGGCUGGGAAGCUAAGAUUCUGGGUCAUUCUUAUGGUUGUCUUCGGAAUUUUCCGUGUCUCAAGAAUGGCCCAUUUCUAUUAUCUCAAGAUUUGGGGCGAGGCGUAUAACCACGAUUCGGAUAUAAUCAUGACGAGUAACGCCCCGGAAUACCACAUCAGCACGAUAGCCUCCCGCGAAUGGUUGGAUAUUGAUCUCGGCUUGCCGCCACCUGACGAAAACGUUCGACCCUGGCUAUUCUGGUUUUUUAUCAUUGCCGUUUGCCAGUUUGUAUCGUUCUUUGUGUCCGAUCUAUUCAUUAUUCUGUUGAUUUACACCGCGGGAAAGCGUUUGUUCGAGGAUGUCAUGCGGAAAGUGACAAAUGCCACAUUCCGCUUCUACGACGUUACACCUAUUGGACGUCUAAUGAAUCGCCUGACUUCAGACAUCGGUACAGUCGAUGGUCAAGUGGUCAACCAAAUUCAAAACGUUGCCUGGUACUUCAUCGCCUGGGUUUCUUCGCUUGUGGUCAUAGGAUCGGCCACUCCGGUAUUCCUCGCUAUUGCAAUUCUUAUGACAAUAAUGUUCAUAUACAUUUUCCUACGCUUUCUUCCAGCAUCUCAGAGUCUUCGGCGUCUUGAGAUGGUAUCUCUCAGUCCUCUCAUGUCGAACUUUGGCACACUCUUGGAGGGUCUCACGACUGUCAGAGCAUUUCGAGCUCAGCCGCAUUUCCAAGACCGCAUUAUUGUUACAACCGAUGCGUUCCAGAAGAUGGAUCACUUCUACUGGUCACUGCAAGCAUGGUUACAAUAUCGAUUUGAUACGCUGUCUGCCCUGUCGACGUUCAUGCUCACGAUGACAGCAUUGUUCACUGGUCUGAGUGCUGGAACGGUUGGUUUCGUUCUUACAGCGGCAGCGAACUUUGUUCAGUUUACCCACCAGCUAUGUCGAAGGUAUGGCGAGCUUCAGAUGCAGUUCGUCUCUGUCGAACGUGUCAUCGAACUCAUGGAUUUGGAGGAGGAACCCGAGGGCAAUGUUUCACCACCUGCAGCUUGGCCAUCGUAUGCAGACGAUGUGAUAUUUGAGAAUGUCACGGUACGAUACGCACCACAUCUCGACCCUAGUCUGCAGGAUCUUUCAUUCAGAAUCCCUGCUGGAUCUACGGUAGCGGUCACAGGCCGUACCGGGUCUGGAAAGAGUACCCUAGCGCUGACUCUGUUGGGCACAAUCCCACCGGAGAGAGAUGCUACUGCUUAUGGAACCAUUCGAAUUGGAGCAAUUGACAUCACUAACGUAAACAAACAUAUGUUGAGACGACGGAUCAGCUUCGUCGCUCAAGAUCCUGUCCUCUUCCCUGGUACACUACGGGAUAAUCUAGAUCCUAUCGGUGAGCAUACUGAUGAGGAAUGUGCUCUGGUUCUUCGACGCGUCUUUGAUGGCGCGGGCCAUUUCACUCUCGAGAGUCGAGUUGAUGGUGGCGGGAAGAACUUGAGUCAGGGGCAGAGGCAACUUGUGGGACUGGGUCGCGCAGUAUUGAGACGAAGCCCAGUGGUUAUUCUAGAUGAAGCCACUGCAAGCAUUGACAAGAAGACGGCGUUUUAUAUACAGCAAGUUCUUAGGGAAGAGCUUAAAGAAAGCACGGUCAUCACCAUUGCUCACCGCGUGGAAGCAGUCAAAGAUGCAGACUACGAGAUUGUCUUAGAGAAGGGAAAGCUACUCAAAUGUGGCCCAACGAAGAGUAUUGCUUUAUAA